AUGGAUGGCCGAACAGGAGGGACAAGUGAGUGUCCGAAAGAGACGUCGUCCAGUUUUACCCUUUGCGAUGCCUUUGUGCGCCUGCCCUCGGACCUGCCAACUCACAACCUUGUUGGUGUGUCUCGGGUGUGCAUUGCGUCGGGGUGGGAUGGUAGUUUUGUCCGGCCGAGAGGAGUUAAGAUCGCCUGUCCAGGAUCGGGCGACUGCAGUUGGGAGGGCAAAAAGCGCUGA